AAUAACAAGGAGCACUAUCUGAAUGCCUGCACAGACUUUAAGAACUUAAGUGCUGAACAGGUUGCCAACUGGAUAAGAGAUAACGAGCGUUGUUGGAAAUGUGGCCGUACACGCACCCCUGACUCGUGUACGCUGAAGAAGCCAUGCAACACAUGCAAGGAACUCCACCUUACAAUUCUGCAUGAUACUGUUAUGCAGAGAAGAGGUCAAAGUGUACUCAUGACUGUAGUCAAGCCUGAUGCCAUAUACAUUGACCGGAACAGACGUCCACAUCAAGUGCUACUUAAAGUCGUGAAGAUUCUAGUACACUAUGUUGGGCGUUCAGUUGAGAUCUUUGCUGUCCUAGAUGAUGGAUCGGAAAGGAACAUUAUCAUGACUGCAGCAGUCAGCACACUGAAGCUACCCCAAACCCCAGAGGUAAUGACUCUUAGAACAGUCCGACAGGAUAUUGUCCGGAUUCCUGGUAAUUCAGUGAACUUUGAAGUCUCUUCGGUGAAUGAACCCAACAAAAAAAAUAUACCAUUCAACGGGCCUUCUCUGCAAACAGUCUGUGCUUGUCAGAAUACUCAUACCCUAUUAAUGAGUUAAAGAAGCGUUACCUGCAUCUCCGCAAUGUACCAUUGCCCCAGAUAGACCGGGCCUGUCCUUCGCUUCUGAUAGGCUCAGAUUUUCCCCAACUGGUGAUGCCGAUUCAACCAGUAUAUUUUGGUCCACCGAAUGCACCUGUUGCAGUCCGCACUGCUUUGGGAUGGACACUACAAGGGCCUGCAGGUCUAAUCCAAGGAUAGGGACAAGAUGAAAGAUGUAUACUGAUGAAUGUCUCAUCCCCCACAACUGAACUAAUAAAAAAUGUAGAGCGGCUCUGGCAGACCGACACUUUACAUUUAUCUGAACCUGCAGCAGGUGACCCAGUCCAAGCAAGAAUAACAAGCCCUGGACUUGCUUGAAACAAGGACUGUGAGAGUUGAGGUCUAUGGGGUCAAAAGAUAUGCCACCCCAUUAUUGAGACAUUGCAGAAGUCCAUGCUUCCUUGCUUCUCCAGAAGCUAUGCUUCCCCAUCUUAGACGUGUAGAAAGGUGUCUUCUGAAAGAUCAAUAUUUGGCUGACUUACAUACACUGCACAUCCAGUAGCUUGUGGAUGCAGGCCAUGUCAGAAUUCUGACUGAAAAAGAAAUAAAGUCACAUGAAGAGGCUUGAUAUAUACCACAUCAUAUGGUGCAGCAUAAUGGUAAAUACAGGCUUGUAUUCAACUGCUCCUAUCAGAGGGACGGACUUGCCUUAAAUGAUCAUCUGUUUGCAGGUCCAACUUUGGGACCCUCAUUACUAGUUGUUGUUCUUCGAUUUCGCCAGCAUAUAGUUGCCAUAUCUGGUGACAUCAAGGCUAUAUUUCAUCAGAUACGUUUGCUACCUUCUGACAGGUCAUUACUGAGGUUUAUAUGGAGGAAUAUGGACCGUGAUAAGUUACCAAGUGUUUAUGAAUGGCAAGUCUUACCUUUUGGCACAACCUGUAGCCCUUUUUGUGCAACAUAUGCAUUGAGAAAGCAUGCUCAGGACAAUCAUGAAGGCUAUGAAGAGGUGUGGAAUUGUGUCAAUAAAGCUUUUUAUGUGGAUAACUGUGUACAGCUUACCGUGUAUAGAAAGUGCCAAGCAGCUAGUAAAUAAAUUGUGUCAACAUCUUUCUGAAGGUGGCUUUGAAAUUAGGCAGUGGGCCAGCAAUUUCACAUCAGUCAUUCUACAUCUCCCAGAUGAGGCCAGAUCGGAGAAUUCUCUACUGUGGCUUUCACAGCAUGGCGAAGAGCCACUAGAGCCAACCCUAGGUCUCCGCUGGAACUGUGCCAUGGACAGUCUUGGUUACAGAUGUUGCCCAAUUGAAUGCAUUGAGCCAACUAAGCGGAACAUUUAUAAGGUACUUGCCAGCCAGUAUGACCCACUAGGGUUUCUCACUCCCUUUACAGCACGAGCCAAGGUUCUGGUACAAGACCUUUGGAAGACUGAAAGUGGUUGGGAUGAUCACAUUACCCCUGACACCCUUGUGCAACGAUGGCUUACCUGGGUAGAGGAGCUAGACAGUAUAAAGCAUGUAAUCUUGCCUCGCUGCUACAUCCCACCAUGUGCUAAUACUCCCGGGGCUAAGAGAGACUUACAUGUAUUCUGUGAUACCUCCAAGCGAUUAUAUGGGUCUGUUGCUUAUCUACGUACUGAAGAUGAAAAGGGGGGAAUACAUGUUAGCUUUGUGAUGGCUAGGUCCAGGGUAGCCCCCAAACGGCAAAUCUCAAUGCCUCGUCUAGAGCUUUGUGCUGCUUUAACUUGUGCUCAGUUAGCGCAUCUACUUACCACAGAGCUGACCUUACCUAUAGGGCAGGUACUCUUGUGGAGUGAUUCCACUACGAUAUUGACCUGGCUGAAAUCCGAAUCCUGUCGGUAUAAAGUGUUUGUGGGCACCAGAGUAGCGGAAAUACAGAACUUAACCAAUUUAGACAACUGGAAUUACAUAGCAACCAAAGAUAAUCCAGCUGAUGACAUUACCCGGGGAAAGACCCUAAAGGAGCUUAGUGAGUUAAACAGAUGGAGGAAUUGACCUUCCUUCCUCAAACAGCCUAUUAACGAAUGGCCAUGUUCCUUGAUUACUGGCCCACCUGAGGACUCCACCGAAAUGAAGAAUGCUACCUUUUGUGGAAGUCUUGUAAUGGAGCAGCACACUAGACUUCCAGAUCCCAGUCUUUUCCAGUCUUGGAAUGAUUUAGGUAAGGAUACCAUCCAGGAUCUUCAUGGGGUGGCUGAUGGGAAUUCAAGUGCUUAUUCCUCAGCAGAAACCUGGAGGGAGAUGGAAGUUGAACUCCUAAGAUGAGCUCAACAGAGCAGUUUCCCUGUAGAAGUCAAGAAUCUUCAAUCAGGAGUGGAAAUACCUCUAAGCAGUCGCUUGAGGACAUUAUCACCAGAAUUCGACCAUACAGUGGGUCUCAUUCGAGUCGGUGGCCGACUAAGAAGAAUAGAGGGUUUUAAUGAGGAAGGCAUCCAUCCUAUUGUACUGGACCCAUAUCACCUAAUAACUAAACUGCUCAUUCAGAACUAUGAUGAAAAACUUCUGCACCCAGGCCCAGAGCGUGUGUUUGUGGAGGUAAGAAGAAAAUAUUGGAUAUUAAGGGGUCGCGAGGCUAUCAGACAACAUCAGCACCAAUGUAGGCAAUGCCAGCGUUGGCGUGCCACCACUCGGGCUCCAAAGAUGGCGAAUCUGCCUCCAGCACGACUACGGCUAUUUAAGCCACCCUUUUGGUCCACAGGGGUUGAUUGCUUUGGUCCCUUUACGGUGAAAACUGGCCGGAGGACGGAAAAAUGUUGGGGAAUUAUAUUCAAAUGUAUGACUACUCGUUGUGUUCAUUUAGAUUUAAUUGAAAAUUUAGAUACUGAUGCAUUUCUCAUGGCUUUCCGUCGGUUUGUUUCAAGAAGAGGCCAGCCUGCUGAACUUCUGUCUGACAGAGGUACAAAUGUUCGAGGAGGAGAAGCUGAGUUAAAGGAAGCUAUUACUGCCAUGACACCUUCCUUGCAGGAGCAACUCGCUAAGCAACAAGUGAAAUUUCAGUUCAACCCACCAAGUAGUCCACAUUUUGGAGGGACCUGGGAACGGGAAAUCAGAUGUGGCAGAUCCUGACCUGAUAACUCCGAAUCUGUUGCUCAUGGGGCGGCGAGAUGCUUCACUACCACAGGUAGUUUACCCUCCAGAUGAUUUGCUGGGAUGACGGCGAUGGCGUCACAGUCAGAUUUUAGCUGAUCACUUCUGGAGUAAUUUUGUCAAGAAUUACUUACCUGGUCUCCUGCUCCGUCAGAAAUGGCAGACUGACUGUGAUGAGUUGAAGGUUGGAGAGGUAGUCAUGAUUAUUGAUGCGCAACUCCCAAGAGCAUCAUAGCCAAGCGGUAAAAUCAUUGAAACCUACCCGGGAUCUGAUGGUCGCAUACGUACGGUGAAGAUUCAGGUGAAGGAUCGAGUGUAUGUCCGACCCACAGUCAAAUUAGUCAGGCUUCCAGCUGUUGAAGACUGUGAUGGAUAUAGACCAGAUGGGUGAGGAGGACUUUCUUCUUGAAGUACAAAUUUGUGCUAACAAAUUUGGGGGCGGCUAUAUCAGAAAGUCCUUUGUCAGGUUGAAUUGCGACCUCUAAUGGCAGAAUAUUAGAAAUCACUUGUAGAACUUUUCCUACAUAUUUCCAGGUGAAAGUUCAGGCUUCGCACGUCUUUCGUUCCUUUGUUUACUUGCUGCAUGUUGUGAGAAUAGUUUGUCCUUUUCUCUUAUCACUUGAGCCAUUGAUGCUGUGCGUCCUUGCGGAAAAGAUUAGGCCCUGGGAGACAACCAGUUACGCCCGCUUCAGACAAAGUAUACCCUCGCGGGACUGGCCGCUAUGACCGACAAGUCUUCGCUGGCAGACGGGCAGUGUCACAGAUGGCUGGGAUGCCUGGAAGAAAUUCUGUCAAGAAAUGUAACAGGGGCUCCUUUAUACCAACAGCAAUGUGUCUGCAUAAUGCCUCACUGGGACUCGGACUGCCAAAAUCUGAGGACACUGUAAAAUCCUCGAUGAAAAGACUGCAGUACUCUCAACCAGAAAGGCAAAGAAGGAGAUCUCCUGAAGAAGGAAAAUAAGGCACUCUGAAAAAUCCUUCUACGUGUAUGGUGAAUGCUCUCCAGAAAGGAACCAAGCAUUGCUCACCUCACACAAUAUAUAUAUGCUUUGAUUUUGAGAACUAUUAAGUGUAAUUUAAUAGACAGGACAAAGCCAGCUAAUGUACUAUAGCGUUAGUGUUAAACUGUAACUAAAGACAAUUAUCUUCUGAAGGAUAAACUCUGGCUAUUAUACGUUUAUCACAUUAAAUCUGAAAGGAAAGGCCAAAGCAGCACCUCAUGCAUGCAUGCACUCAUGGACUCACACACUGAGCAAAGACAGAGGCAAGCUACUGUGAGAAAACAGACUCUACUUGCCGGCAACAGAAACUUCAUAACCAGCAAAAGAACUUAAUAAUCUUAAACUAAUGAAUUAGAAAAAAAAUCAAAAUUCAAAAGUGGUGUGCCUCUCCCGAAAAAAGAGAAAAAUUUUAUUUAAGAUAAGAGAUAGAAUUGAUACAUGCCUUUUUGUACAGGAGAUAAAAAGUUUUAAUUUUAUGUUUUGUGUUGUUUAUGUCUUUUGUCUAUA